AUGGGUUCUCUCCCCGCACCCCCGGCCAAGACGGGUUACCAAAUCCUGGAGAAGGCGAGCCGCAGCGGGCGAAAGCUCCGCGUCGUGUGCCUCGGCGGCGGCGCCAGCGCCCUCAACCUGGCCCACGAGAUCGACACCUGCCGGACCCUCGACCUGGAGCUCGUCUGCUACGAGAAGAACCCGUCCAUCGGCGGCACCUGGUACGAGAACCGCUACCCCGGCUGCGGCUGCGACAUCCCCUCGGUCAACUACCAGUUCUCCUGGGCGCCGUCCCCCAACUGGUCCAAGUUCUACUCGAGCGCCCCUGAGAUCCUGCAGUACUUCAAGGAUGUCGCGGAGAAGUACGACCUGAACAAGUACAUGCGCCUCAACCACACGGUAACGGGAGCGUUCUGGGAUGAAGAGGAGCAAAAGUGGCACGUCCGCGUCCAGAGGCAGGACGGCACCACGUUCGAGGACAAGGCAGACGUCUUUGUCAACGCGAGCGGCGUUCUCAACAAAUGGAAAUGGCCCGCGAUCAAGGGCAGAGAGACGUUCAAGGGAACGAUGAUGCACAGCGCCAACUGGGACAACACCGUCGACCUCAAGGGCAAGAGGGUCGGCGUCAUCGGCUCCGGCUCUUCGGCGGUCCAGAUCGUCCCGAGCAUCCAGCCCAUCGUCGGUACCAUGAGCUGUUUCAUCCGCAGCUCGUCGUGGGUCGUCGGCGGCUUCGGCCAGCGCUUCGCCGGGAAGAAUGGCGGCAACUUCGAGUAUACCGAAGAACAGCACGAGAUUCUCCGGAAUGACCCCAAAAAGUACCUCGCCUACAGGAAGAAGAUCGAGUCCGAGCUCAACUCCCGCUUCCGCUUCAUCCUGAACGGGUCCAAGGAGCAGGCCGAGGCCAAAGCAUUUGCGGAAAAGGACAUGCGCAGCAAGCUCGCCGGCAGACCCGACCUCCAGGACCUCAUCAUCCCCAAGGACUUCGCCGUCGGCUGCCGAAGACCGACCCCCGGGAACGGGUACCUCGAGGCGCUGUGCGAGGACAACGUGACCGUCGUCUCUUCGAGCAUCCAGGAGAUGACCCCGAAAGGCAUCAAGACGGCGGACGGAAAGGAGCACGAGUUCGACAUCAUCAUCUGCGCCACCGGCUUCGACGUCAGCUGGAGGCCGCACUACCCGACGAUCGGACGCAACGGCGUCAGUCUCAGCGAGUACUGGCGCGACGUGCCCAACACAUACCUCUCUCUGGCGGUCGCCAACAUGCCGAACUACGUCAUCUUCAACGGCCCGUUCGGCCCCUAUGGCCACGGCAGCUUCCUGCCCAUCACGGAGACGGUGGCGCGGUACGUGAUGCAGAUGCUGCGCAAGAUGUCCGAGGAGGAGAUCGCGUCCUUCUGCCCGAAGCAGGCGGCCGUCGACGACUUCGCCGAGCACCGGCGCCGCUUCCUCCCGCGCACGGCGUGGACGUCCCCCUGCCGGUCCUGGUUCAAGCAGGGCACCGUCGACGGCGAGCCGAUGAUGUGGCCCGGCUCGCGCAUCCAGUUCUUCGAGACCGUCGCCACUCCGCGCUGGGAGGACUACGAGCUCCGGUACACGACGGCCAACCGGUUCGGGUACUGGGGCAACGGCUUCGCGCAGCGCGAGACGGACGGGAGGGACCUGUCGUGGUACCUGGGGCUGCUCGACGGCGUGGACGAGCAGCCGGCGUUGCCGGACGAGGACUUUGAGGCGUUUAUCAUGAACAAAUAG